AUGGAAAGUAAGCAAAAUAACUUCACAAAAGUUAAGAAAUUAAAUGCACCCACGAGCACCGACUUUGAAGAAUGGCCAACUGAUGCAGUCUGUGAUUUUCUUCGACAAUUGGGUCUAGACUAUUGUCUUGCUGCUGCCAGAAGUUGGAUCAAGACAGGUGCUGAUCUUAUCAAUGCCAACAACGUUCAAAUCCAACAGAACCUGGGUCCUUUAAAGCCACUUCACCUGAAGAAACUCCUUAUCCACGUCAGUCUUCGCACAACUCAAGAUUUAAUGUCAACUCGGGAUACGGCUUUCCUACCCAGCAUUAACCCCCAUCCGGACUUCAAUGUUUGUGGUAAGGUGGUAGGCUUUGUAAUCGAUGAAUGUAAACACUGUUUGUUGAGGACUUAUUAUGAGCAGACGAAUGCUAGUUACCACUUUAACUAA